GGAAAUUUUUGGUACGGUUAUGAUAAACGUGAGUGUGGUACCAAGAUUCUCGUGAAAGAAAUUAAAUGAAAUAUAUUCGCUGGUAACGCUUGAUACGAUGUUGAGCUUUUUUGUACAGCAGCUUAAAUCUGCAGAUCAACACCAAGCCGUACUACCUUUGCCGCCCUCUACACAAGAAGUUUUUCAUUACAGAAGUUCAUCUUCUUUUUACAUCCGAUUCUAUAACACAAUCGUUAUAUCUCAAUUGGAUUCAAAUUUUGAUAAUAGCAGGCAACUCCACAAUCAAUUUCUCAAGAUUUUCUGCAGACAAAUAAGAACUUCUGAAUCUUUAUCUCCUACUCACCAUCAAGAACAAUCCAGUUUCCAAGCUCCAUCAUGCCAUCGAACACGGGAAUAUCCACCUUUUCGCCACCAGAUACAAAAUCUAUGAAGUGUUUCAAUUUUCAAGGUCUCCCUGGUGAGAUUCGCAACAGAAUCUAUGAGUUUCUGCUUUGUGACUUUGAAGAAGUGUUGGUUCCUUGCAAAUUUCGUGAUCUACCGUCACCUUCUGAGGUCACCAUCACCAGACAAUCUAUUCAUCCACAAAUCUUAAGAACGUGCCGACAGAUCUAUCAGGAGGGCACAUGUUUGAUGCGAAAGAAAAAUCUAUUCAUCAGAUUUGAAUGUGAAGUCUCACCAUACCAGAUCAGUCUUGCACUUAUAAAGAUGCAAGUUCCUUUUAUUGUACCCGACCCAUCUGUUUCAAAGGACUUCAAAGGAACCGCCUUAACACACAAAAUUUGUUACCGGAACUCUAAAUCACGCCCUGAACCCAAUGCAAGCUUCAUCCUUUUAGCUCGUCAUAUCCCUAUUCUUUGUCGAGCACUAUCUUCUAUAAGAUGGAGCAUUGAUCAACACGACGACAAUGUCAAACAUGUCGUGACCCUCACUGAUCCCUAUGACAAACAAACUUCUGGAAUUUUUGCCUUGUUUGCCUCAGUCUCGGGAUUAUUUUCCUCGCCAAAAGAAUCCGAACCUUUCCUAUCUCGAAAGGAACAAGAAGGACUCAUAGCUCCAUACCGCACUCAUCUGAAAGCAUUUCCUAACCUAGAGUUCAAUGGGGUAAUACCCAAAGAUUUAAAAACAAUUGCGACAUCUGAAAUCACCUUUAUGCCAGAAGCUUACAAUAAAGAUCAAAUAAAAAUGUUUUUGGACAAUAUUGAAGACAUGAUACUUCAGGGAGAAGUAUACUAUGGACAAGAAAGAAAGACCAAAGCUAAUAGGACAUGGAACGAGUGUCAAAGAUUGAUAACCUACCAAUUCUCAGGCAAGCGAGGGGAACGUUUACGCAAAGGUGGUGGAGUGGACUUUUUGAAUUCCAUCGCAGAGACGCUUUUCGAUCUUGCCUGCAUCCGCGCGAGAACCACAUGUGACCUACUUGAAACAAAGUGGGAAGGAAACCACGAGAAAAUUCUCAUGGAAGGCAUGUCGAUGACCGAGGCGGAAAUAAACCAGGCUGUCUGGCUAAAUAAUCAUGAAACAGAGGUGACUUUUAUACCCAGCGCAGGCAGACUUGCGGAUAUGUAUUGGAGAGAAUCGAUUGCAUAUCGAUCGGCAGGUCUUCUGAAUCAGGCGAAAACUGCGAUUGAAUUAGCUCUUAUUACAAUUCCCAAUCGCGAGAGAUAUUUGAUUGAAGAGGACGAGGUUGACUUGGCUUUCUUAGCAAAGGCCGAAAGAAAGUUGUCACAUUGUGUAUUAUGGGGACAAAGGGGCGGGCUGUUGAUCAUUGCUUAUAUUCUGAUGGAGGUCACCGGCGAUGAGUAAGUUCCCAGGUCAAUCUUGACUGAGCGCUUAAAGGGCAGAUAUAGGAAGAAGCCAUAACUACAAUAUCAACCUGGAUCCCUCUAGAUGAGCAGGACCAUCUAAUUCUCUACUUCUGUCCACAUAAAUAACCGAACCAAAAAGAACAAUACA